AAUAUGCUGCCAGCAUGAUAUCAUGGAAACUUGUUUCCUUGUCAGUAUUACCACACCACAAAAUAAAAAUAUCUGUUUGUAAAAAAAAAAAUUAUUUGUAUAUAUGAUUUCCGACUGUCGUAACAUAUUUCAAAUUGGGGAAACCCAAUAGAAAUUACAUCAAAAUUAUUUCCAAAUUUGUAUUUAUUGCAAUAUGAGCGGCGAGAAGAGUUUGGCAGCACAGCGAAUUAAGCAGAGAAAGCUUGAUAAAAUUCGAAUAAUGAUAUUUGGAUGUCGCAAAGAAUGGCCCAAAACGACGCUGAGCGGCGACUCCCUGGCCUGCACAUCAAAGUCCAGUCAAGUUGUGGAUGUUUCGUCCAGCAGGUCGGAUAUAGGUCGCAUACCUGCGGGUGGAUUUGCACCAUGCGGCUGCCCGAUGGACACAGGACCCUCGAAUUCCACACAAUCCCUUUUCACCUGCGAAGUAUCCACUCAAACAGAGGACAAUGAAAGGAAAUCCACAAAUGAAACCGAACCAAGGGCGUCUGCGGAAUCUGUUUCAGGUCGGAAAGAUGUAGCCACUCAGUCAUCGUUUACGGAAUUGCAAAAUAACCCAAGAAGAUCCUCCAAAACGAACUAUAACAUAGUUAGUACAAGAUUUUUGCCAUCUAGUUAUAUAAUCAACCAGGAAUGCGAACCACAAUCUGACGCAGAUUCAGUUGCUGAAAAGCAUCCGCAAAAAUGGAGUUUCAGGCGUCCUCUUAUUGUGGUUGACCGGGGCCUACCAAGAAUUUCCGGGGCAAAAAGCCAGAUGCCGACAAACCAAGCAAUGAGUGACCCACAGACAAGAGACCAAAGAACAAGGGGCCAAUCAGCAAGAGACCAACGAUCGGGAAGCAAUUCAAGAGGAAACCAACAAUCGAGAAACCAGCCAACAAGGAACCAACAAAAAAGCCAAAAGAAACCAAAUAGAAAGCAAUCAACAGUUGCCUUUGAGCAGCCGCAACAACAAAGGCAGAGACAGGGACAGGGACAAAACCGAUCGAAUUUGGAGUCUGAGAGUUCAGCUACUUCUUUUGCGACCUCGAAUCAAUCUGAAGCAGAAGCUUCUGCGAAAAAAGACAUUUAUACUCAAUCUGAAGAUCAAGUCCCACGAACGGAGAAGCCCGCUGCCUCUUAUCCGUGUUCCCGCAUUCCCGAAUUACUCAAUCGGGUUUGUAAACUGGAAACAAAGUUGAAGAAUCAGGAACAAGCUCUUAGGAGCCUUCAAUGCGCCAUGAAGGCGAGCAAACCCCCAAAUUGCAGUGUCAACCAACCGCCAAAGAAAUGUGAAACGGCAUGCAAAGCGAAAUGUGCUGAGCGAUCCAUCCCGAAAUGUGCUGAGCAAUCCACCCAGAAAUGUGCUGAUCAAUCCACCCAGAAAUGCGAUAAAGAGCCUACCGAUUGUCAGACUUUAAAGAAGGAAUUCAUAGAUAUAUUCAUCAAAACAGAAACAUCUGCCACAAGCGCGUGUUCCCAAAAGGAUAUUAAAAAGCCAAUUGGCAUUUGUCCUGCGAAGAAUAGUUGUGAAGAUUCCCGAACAAUGUAUUUACAGUGCGUGGAAGAUUCCGACACUUUAAUUCAGCAGUUCAAUCAGAAGUUUGCCAAGCCAAAGAAUUGUAAAGGCGAGAAAAACAAGUCGCCUUGCCCGGAAAAAUGUUCACCUUGUUUGUCCGUCCUAACUAAACAAUGUAUAACGGAACCAGAAUCAGGAAACAUGCUCGAUAAAUGCGUUGGUCUAGUGGCCAAGAAUUCAAAUGUAAGAAAAUCUUCUUCAGCUUCUUGUUUGGCUGAGAAUAAAGUUGGAAACCCCUGUGACUCCCGUCAAAGUUUAAAGAAGGAAGUCUACGAGUCCGUACUGGAACAGUUUGUCAAGAACUUCCCCAAUCCUAGUAUGGAGUAUAGCCAGAACCUGGCGGCGGCUCAGAAACCCGAAGGGGAGCGGUACUUGUUCGAGCGCUUGUGUGCUGAACUCGUAAGCCUAUUUACCAAGCCAAAAAAUCUGGAACCGUGUGCAGUAAAGGAGGAGGACAAGCUCAAGAGGGUGACCAUAUCGGAAAACAAUACGAUUCGGGAGAAGGAUAAACUAAGUGAGAAGCCCUGCAAAGUGGAGAAGAUUUGCAAGGAUCCUGCGGUGUCACCCGGUGGCUGCCCAUCGUGCAGUGACAGUGGGAACCUGCCCGUCCUUGACAGCUUGGUUGACGAACUAAUGAAGCUAAUUGACUGCAGACCCUUCCGGGACGUGGUGCUGAUCAUAACGCGGCGGGGAUGUAAUAUCUAUCAUAUCAAUAUCCGUGAGAUGGCGACGGGCAAUGUGCUGGGCUGCUUGCUUGCCAAUGAAGCGGCCAUAACUGAAGCCAUGAGCCUGGGAUUGUUCGAGGAUAUCCACACAUUCUGUGAAUUGGACAAGCAAAGUACUAAAGAUGCCUUAGUACCACAGCGAGAGCCGGGUGGUGAGACUCAGUUGGAUAGCAGGGACAAAGAGAAGGCCAUGGCAUUUGUAACUCGAGUGCUGGGCCUACAGGCUGGGGAGGCCGAACGCUUCUUCUUCCUAACCAACGCCCUCAAAUCGGUCAAGAAGUCGUCGGAUCAGAGUCUCGUUGGACCGGAAUCAUCAGGGGCUACCGAAAACACUGGCCUUAUUGGCCGUGGAGCUAUCACUGGCAACCUGGUUUUCCUGGGCAAUGUUCACAAUGCACCAGGAACCUCCGGGUCGCAGUCAGAUAUGAGUGGGCGAGGCAUCCAAGCAUUUCCUUCGUAUGCUUUCUGGACAGGAUACUGAGGAUAAGAAUAAGGUUUAAAGUCCCGUAAAAAAAAAACUAGGCAAAAAUCAGUUUUAAACUAACAAAGUCUAAGUUAUGAAGGGUCUGAAGUUCAAGCUCAAAUCAUUUCUAAAAGAUAGCAAGCUACUUGCAUUCCCCUAUUUAUCUUUUUUAAAAUUUAAAUAUCUUAAAAAUAGAAGCCUAAUUUUAUAUGAAAACUUCAAGCAAUGUAACUUUUAUAAUACCGAAUAAAAUCAGGAAUCGUAUGCAUA